UUUUGUUUCGUGGGGAAUUUUGAUUCCAAUCAAUGCUCCAGGGGAGCCAUCAAGCCAUGGGAUGUAAACAUCGGACGUGUUCAUUGAAUCGGAAAUUCAAAGACCAAAAAAGAAGACAAAAUUAGUCGUUUUUAUGUUUUUUAUAGUAUUAUAUUCGAUUUCGAUUAAAAGAACAUUUUACUUUAUUUUCCUGAACAAAUUAAACCUAAUUCUGAGAUUAAGGACUAUGGUUAAAAGUUCAGUGAAGUUCCGUGAUGUAUCGAUUAUAAAAAUACGCUUGAAUAAAUAAGACCUUCUAGAGGUUAAUUUGCAUCACGACCAAGCAUGGAUUGAUGAUUCAAAGAAUACCACCUGUCAAGCAAUUUGUAAAUACUUAUUGUCAAUAGUGACUAACGAAUUUGGAUUGUGAAAUUUUUCGUAAACUUACGAUAAUAUAAGUAAUCAGAAACGUGGACAUUUUAUACUAAAACGAAACGAUGAAUUCGGCGAAAAGUAACGGUGAGACUGGUAAUGGACUGGAGGAGCUUGGUAUACCAGGUCAGGUAUAUUUGAGAGACGCUUUAACAAGUUGUACAGACCCACUAAAAGCCAUUGAAGGAUUUCAGCUAGAAAAUGGUAUAUUAUUACCAUCAUUGCGGCCUAUGUUACCUUUGCUUGAUUUGCAUGGAGUCAGGAGGUUAGAUUUUCAUGCCUCCGUUCUCGAGGAGUUGCGGGAGAAACUAAUCAAGCAGAUCGACGAAAUUGGUGCAGAAAGGACGGAUAAAGGUACUGGGGACAAGAGAUUAAAAGAAUUGUUAUCGAAGAGUUUUCCCGCCGUUAGAGUCCCUGCCCUGCGUCCUGUUGUUAUGUGUAUUUUGAGGAACACCUUACACAUUGACGACAAAUACUUGCGAGUAUUGGUUAGGGAGAGAGAACUGUACAAUGACGCUGAUACAGAAGUGAAACGUCAGAUAUGGAAGGAUAAUCAAAGUCUUUUCGGCGACGAAGUCUCCCCACUAUUCAGCCGUUAUAUCAUUGAGAAAGAACAAAUUCUUUUUGAUCAUCGCAAUUUGAACAGUUUGUUUUUUAUGCCAUCCCCCAAGGUGAGGAGACAAGGGGAAGUAGUACAGAAAUUAGCCCACAUGAUUGGGCAUAGUGUAAAAUUGUAUGACAUGGUACUGCAAUUUUUAAGAACUUUGUUUUUACGGACAAAAAAUAUCCAUUAUUGCACUCUAAGAGCAGAACUGUUAAUGGCGUUACAUGAUUUAGAGGUGCAAGAUAUAAUUUCUGUAGAUCCAUGUCAUAAGUUCACCUGGUGUCUAGACGCAUGCAUCCGAGAAAAGAAUGUGGAUGUUAAAAGAUCUCGCGAGUUGCAAGGCUUCUUAGACAGUAUUAAGAGAGGACAGGAGCAGGUGUUAGGGGAUCUAAGUAUGAUUUUGUGUGAUCCCUAUGCAGUAAAUUUUCUCGCUAGCAGUGCAAUCAAAAUAGCGCUUCACUUGAUAAACGGUGAGGCGUUGCCUCGAGAAAACGCAGUGCUUGUAUUAUUAUUAAGAAUGCUGGCGCUAGGAUUGUCCGCUUGGCAGAUGAUCGAUUCACAAGACUUCAAAGAGCCAAAACUAGACAGUCAAGUUGUGACAAAAUUCCUGCCAGCACUUAUGUCACUUAUGGUUGACGAUCAAAUAAGACAGCUCAAUUGUAGACUUCCACCUGACGAAAGAGAAAGUGCAAUAGCAAUUAUAGAACAUUCCGGACCACCUCCCGAUGCGUGUCAAGCGUAUGCACAGCUUUCUGGAGUAGCGGCAGUUUUGUCUAUGUACUACGCAUUACACGUCGGAGGUGGUGGUGGAGUUGGAAGAGGCAGGGGUGAUGCCAGAGGUUUGAUGAGAGUAUUAGCGACAUUACCAAAUUGUCAAGCACAGCGAGCUUUUGAGGAUCCAUUUUUACAUACACUGGUUUCAUUAUUAAUAUUGAACAUGGCUGACGAGUUCUCGAACGAAUCUUUCUGUACAGUAAUUUUUGACGAAUUUUUCUUAGCUGGCUUAGGUAGAGACAACGUUACACGGCAUUUAUUGAAAUUACUUUGGUACAUACAUCCUAAAUUGCCAUCCGCGCGGUUACACUCAUUACUAAAAGCCUUACAACCAACAAGUCAGCAUAACGAAGCGGUUCAUACUCUUUACGAAUCUUUACGUGACAAAGUCGGUAGUCAUUCUACUGAGGACCAAUUAGCAGCAACAGCUCAAAUAGACCCGUUAAGUCUCGAUUGUUCUCCCUCUGUAUUUACCGGAAUACCGCCAUCAACAUCGAGCACGUGCCCACUUUAAUAUCUAAUUUAAGAAAAGGUUUGAUACAUUACUUGCCGCAUCUUUCUCCAUCUGCUUGACUAUGCUACAUUCUGCAAAUUGUUUUCCGUCAUGGUUAUCAUUAGCGUUUACAUUUUGCGAGAGAUUAAUACCGACAACGUCGAUCUCGUCUCCGCACUGUGUAGACUUAGAGUUUAAAGGCAAGACUUGAAAGACUGGUAUAUCCUCCUUCUCUCUCAACCACAGUGGACUCUCAAGCAUUUGUUCAAGAAGAUAAUUGGCUGCCCCAUAACACGUCGAGCUACAGAAGUUCUUCCGUCUACUGAUGUCAUACACUUUAUUCUUGCGUGUCGAUAUGUGAUACUGUUGAUGGAUGAUGACGGUUAGUUGAUUUGAACAAAGAACAUAUCCACA